GCUUUUUCAAGAGGAGCCGCCAACCCCAACCAUUUCAAUUUAUCUCUCUCUCUCCACGUAAAGCCUUGACUUUGAAUCCACGCCUCCGAAAGCACAAUUAACACCGAAAGCAGCUCCCCUACCUGCCGUCCAGAUUCCAAUUUCCACCGCCCCCUACCGAUUUUCUUCCGCCCUUCAUCACCGCCGACGUCUGCCGAUUUUGACGCAGGAGAUCGCCUCGAUCUUCUCGAUCCUUGAUUCGGGGAAUCGGAAAUUCGCGUCGCCUGGAUUUGUUUCAGCGGAACCCUAGCCUAAUCCCCAAAUUGAACGCCAGAAGUCGUGUCGAUUUUCGUUCUUCCGCUUAUUUCCCCUGGAUUCUCGAAGGAUGGCUAGUGGUUAUGGCGAGAGAUUCCAAUUAUCCGAGGAGAACAAUCCCAAAUCCUCGUCAGUGUUCUUCAAUCGAUCCCUGACCAUGCGCGCGGCGUCAACGCAAAUCUCUGGGAAACCCUACCUCUACGAUUAUUCCCUGCAGCGCAGCGGAUCCAUCAAGAAGCUCUAUAAUUCAUCGUUCGACUCCGUCGUGUCAGCCGGAAAUUCGAUCAAAGGAAAGGUGAAACGGCUCUGUAGCUUAUUUGAACCUGCCAAUCCCCCGACCUCGGUUUUGGACAAGUCCCGACAACAAACGCUACCGUCAUCGCCCCUGAAUAAAUUGAAAUCAUUGAGUUCCGAUGACUCUUCGAGUAUUCGGUUGCCGGGCACGGAAGAUCGGCUUGUGGUGUAUUUCACUAGUUUACGGGGAAUUCGACGGACUUUCGAGGAUUGCUAUGCUGUGAGGAUGAUUCUCAGGGGUUUUAGGGUUCUAGUGGAUGAGCGUGACAUUUCCAUGGACUCCGCCUAUAAGAAAGAGUUGCACAGUGUAUUGGGAGAGAAGAAAUUGACUUUGCCCCAGGUUUUUGUCCGAGGGAAGCACAUUGGAGGGGCUGAUGUGAUCAAACACCUCUAUGAGGUCGGUGAUUUGGCCAAGUUGCUUAAAGGUCUCCCCAUCAGGCCGCCAGGCUAUAUCUGUGAUGGCUGUGGGGAUGUCAGGUUUAUCCCAUGUAUGAACUGUAAUGGUAGCAGGAAGAUUUACGACGAAGAGGAAGACCAAUUGAAGAGGUGCUUGGAAUGCAAUGAGAAUGGGUUGAUUCGGUGCCCAAAUUGCUGUUCUUGAUUGCUCUUGCUGAGUUUGACUUGCUGUUUUUGGACCUGGAUUUGGUGCGUACGUUUUGCUGUUUUGUCAAUUGGUGGUUGUUGAAGGCCUACAACUACUGAUCCGACUCUAUAUGUGGUUUGAAUUCAAGCUCUCUUUGGAGGGGAGUCUUUAGUUUUGUUGCUUGGGGAUUUAUGUUGAUUCUGUCUCUGACAACAUAGCUAAAUAAAACUGUGAUUUUCUGAAACAGCUUGUUGUGUAUAUAUUGCUUGUAAACACUAUACUUUGGAGAGCGGUUCUCCAUCCUAAUUGGCUGUAAAUCUGCUGCUUUAUAUAUAUAUAGUAGUAUUUGGCAUUCAA